AUGGAAUUUGAAAGCCCAAACAUGCAACAAAGUUGGCCUACUUGCUUUCCUGCAUGCCUGAAAACAGCCCAUCAAUUUCAUGUUAUCAAGGGGAAGGUCGUUGUUCGUCGGAGUCUGGGCCGAUCAGGCCCAGGAAAAUCAGCUUCAGUUCAAAUAUACAGUACUCAAGUUGAUACCAACACUGAAACAGGGAAGUUGAGCAAGAGAGGACGCCUGAGAAAAGACAAGAGCAACGAACAUGAUACAAGCACAAUAACAUAUAGAAUCACAUUUCACGUCGAGCCACAAUUCGGAAUUCCUGGCGCUCUCCUCAUUACAAAUCAGCACAAGCACGAAUUCUUUCUUAUUUCUGUGAUGCUCGAUAUUCCCAACAGUCGGGAUAUCCAUUUCGAUUGCAACUCUUGGGUAUAUCCUAUCCACAAGACCAAAAUAGGCAGAGUAUUUUUCUCGAAUAAGUGUUAUCUUCCUGAUCACACGCCGGAGGCUCUAAGAGAACUGAGAGAAAAUGAACUUAUCGGCUUGAGAGGAGAUAGAACAGGAGAAAGAAAGGAAUGGGAGAGGAUUUAUGACUACGAUUAUUACAAUGAUCUCGGUAAUCCUGAUAAAGGAUGGUCCCACGUAAGACCCAUCUUGGGUGGAUCAAAUGAGCAUCCGUACCCUCGGCGAGGCCGAACGGGCCGACCUCCAUCCAAUGAAGAUGUGCGCACGGAAAGCCGGCCCAGCAUCAUCAACCUGGAUAUCUAUGUCCCACCGGAUGAGCGUUUUAGCCCCAGGAAAAUGUCAGAAUUCCUUUCGAAUUCAAUACAAGCAAUCGUGCAUUUCUUGAUCCCGGAAGCCAAAUCCUUUUUUCAAAAAGACUCCAACAGCUUUGAGUCAUUCGAUGAAAUGCGUAACAUGUUCUCCGGCAGUGCGGCCCCUGCUUUAGACAGACGGUUGGAAGCGAUGCUGAAGCGUUUGGUACCAGACAAGGUUUUUGGAGAAAUAGUUAGAACUAGUAAAGAGAAUCCUGGGAAAUUCCCAUUACCACAGAUUAUAUCAGUCAAUGAACUAGCAUGGAGAGAUGAUGAAGAAUUUGGACGAGAAAUGCUUGCGGGUAUUAAUCCAGCAGUGAUCCGCAGCUUGGAGUCGUUUCCACCGAUAAGCAAAAGUGGGAAGAGAAGUUCCAUCACGGCUGCCCACAUAGAAAACAAUCUAGAUGGCCUAACCAUCAAAGGUGCAAUGGAUCAGUGGAGGAUAUUCAUUCUAGAUCACCAUGACUAUCUCAUGCCAUUCUUGGACCGGAUCAACGGUCAGGGUGUGUGCAUCUAUGCAUCACGGAUGCUUUUGUUUCUGAGGGACAAUUGCACGUUGAAGCCGUUGGCCAUCGAACUGAGCCUGCCAGCAUCCGACGGUGAGGAUGGUGAGAUCAGUCGAGUUUUCGUUCCUGCUCCUGAGGGAAUGGAGAGGGCACUGUGGCAGCUCGCUAAGGCCCAUGUGGCCGUUAAUGACUCCAGUCACCAUCAGCUGAUAAGCCACUGGCUACACACUCAUGCAGUGGUUGAACCCUUCAUCAUUGCCACAAGAAGGCAAUUGAGCUCAAUGCAUCCCAUACACAAGCUACUAAAUCCUCACUUCAAGGACACCAUGCACAUAAACGCCCUCGCCCGAAGCAUUAUCCUGUCUGCCGACGGCAUUCUAGAGAGGACAAUGUUUCCUGGAAAGUUCUCCAUGGAGCUGUCAUCUGCACUCUACAAACAAUGGAGAUUCGAUGAACAAGGCCUUCCGGCGGAUCUCAUCAAGAGGCGACUAGCAGUGGUAGACUCAGGUCAGCCCUCUGGCGUCCGGCUUCUCUUCAAAGAUUACCCAUAUGGGGCUGAUGGGCUUGACAUCUGGACCGCAAUCAAGACAUGGGUCUCAGACUACUGCUCCAUCUUUUACUUAGAUGAUAAUGCUGUCAGCUCUGAUAAUGAAAUUCAAGCAUGGUGGAAUGAAAUUCGGCAGGUGGGCCACGGCGAUAAGAGUGACGAGCAGUGGUGGUACCAAAUGAACACAUUAUCCAACUUGAUACAGACCUUAACAACGCUUAUAUGGAUUGCAUCGGCGCUCCAUGCAUCGAUAAACUUCGGGCAAUAUGGAUAUGCAGGUUACCCUCCGAACAGGCCGACAAUGUGCCGAAAAUUCAUACCGGAGGAGGGGACGCUGGAGUAUGCCGAGUUCCUUGAGGACCCAGAUAAGUACUACUUAAAAAUGUUACCUGAUCGAUUUGUGACAACACUUGGAGUGGCAUUGACGGAGGUCCUAUCGACACAUAUGUCUGAUGAGGUGUAUGUGGGCCAGAGAUCGUCGUCGGAGUGGACCGACAAUGACGAUGUCUGUCGGAUCUUUGACAAGUUCAGGAAUAAUCUGGAGGAGGUGGAGAAGGUGAUCAUGGAGAGGAACAGGAAUGCUAGUCUUAAGAACAGGUUGGGCCCAGCUAGGAUUCCUUACAUGCUCUUGUACCCGGAUACCUCGAAGGUAGGCCCUACAAAGGGAAUCACAGGGAAGGGGAUUCCAAACAGCAUUUCCAUUUGAUUGGGAUUGGUUUAUAUCCUACGACUCUGUGUGAUUGUAUGAUUGUGAAUUUGGUGAGUUUGAUUGAUGUAAUUAGUGUGAUGUAUUUGAAUGGUUACGAUGGAUUGAUUUUGAACUGAGGAUUGAGAUUAGUUUAGAAAAUGGAGUACAGGUAAGAGUUUAGGAAUCUUAUUUGUACGUAGCUUCGCAUG